AUGAACCCCUCUCGGAGCAUCAUGAGCCUGUCUGCUUCCUUCUCCAGAAUGAUGGUCGGUCCAUCUCGCUUGGCUUAUCGGUCCCCACUCCGCUCAGUGGCCUGCUCCUCCCUUACGACGAUUCGAUCAUUUUCCUCCUCAAAUCCAUCCUCUAUGACUUUCCGUCAAGUAUUAAAAGGUGGUCGUAGACCCAAAACGAAGGAAAAAGGUUCACCACUCCUUCAAUCGUGUCCUCAGAAAAAGGGAGUCUGUUCUCGAGUCUUCACUGCCAAACCCAAGAAACCGAAUUCUGCCGUUCGUAAAGUCGCUCGUGUAAAGCUCUCAAACGGAUACAUGACGACGUGCUAUAUUCCGGGUGAAGGACAUAAUUUACAAGAACACAGUGUGGUCCUCAUACGUGGUGGGCGAACCAAGGAUUUACCAGGAGUUCAGUACAAGAUUGUUCGUGGUGCUGAGGAUUUAAGCGGGGUCGCCAACCGGCAGAGAUCGAGAUCAAAGUAUGGAGGUGAGUGUCCAUGGCGUUCGUAG